CGCUUGGCUUGGGAGAUCCUGCUGGUUUGGGAUCGGAAAUCACUCGCUCGCUCGCUCGCUUGCCGGCUAGCUUGCUGUUUUGGACACUGUGUCCCUGAGCGAAGAUGUGUAAUAAAAAAAGAGGGAGAAGAAGAAGAGAGAAAGAGAGGGAGAAGAAGGAGAGGAAAAUCCCCAUAUCGCUUGGGUCCGUCCGUCCCCCCGCUCCGGAAAAGGAAGAGCGAAAGACGGUCGGUUAUAUCGUUUUUGUUUGUUUAUAUCCAACUUCUUGUUUACUUGGAGAGAGAGAGAGGGGGGGAAGUCGUCGUGGGAAAUCUCACCAUGCUAUCGCCUGUGUGUCGGUACAUGCGUGUGUACAUGCGUGUGUGUGUCGCUCUCGACCUCGUCAUCUUUUCUUUUCCUUUCUUUUCUGUCCUUUCACUCGCCGAUUCUUACUAGAGAUAUGGAUGGACGGAUGGAUCGAUGGAUGGAUGGGUCGUCGGAUCAGCCUCCUUCGGACUCGGACGAGGGAAGGACGAAGUAUAGAGAGGGAAAGGGAGACAGAGUGAGAGAGAGAGAGAGAGAGAGAGAGUCUCGUCCUCUCUCUUGGGAGUCGCUUCGAUCUUGUAUAGAUCAAUGACAGUCGUGGACAUUCUCCCCUUUUCCUUUCCUUUCCUUUCCUUUCCUUGCGGUGAUUUGUACGAUCAUCCAACAAUCUCUCUGUUCGCCAAUCUCCUUCCUGCAUUCAUCAUCUCCGUCUUUCGGCAACAUCUUCCGACAAGACGGAGAUCAAGACGAAGACGAACCUUGGAAAGGACAAGCCCUUCUCGAUCUAGCUUCUCACUUAUCCCUGGCAAAAAUGAGAGGGA